AUGGUUGCAAUACAGAGUGGGCAAAAAUGAACAUUGAAAUAUGCCAAGAUGAAUUUAAAUGUUUAUUAUGAAUGCAAGAUGAUGCAAUAUUGAUUCAAGAGCAUACCAAAUUACAAUUAUUAGCAAAUGUAUCAAUUUCAAAAUAACAAGUGAGACAUAAAGAAUUAAUGUUUCUAAGUGUCUGCUAUAGAGAGCCCUCGACUAUAAUUGACUUGAGUACAAAAGUUUGAAAAUUUUUCAGAUGGUUGAUCUCAUUAAAAAGCAAGCUGUUUCCAAUCUACAAUUAAAAUGAAGUUCAGACGGUUGAUGGGUAUUGAAUCAAGUGAAUCUGUCUGAAACUAAUCUUAUCGGAUCUAUAACGUUGAAGAAAUGCUGAAGCGACGUUAUGUCAUGAAAAUUUUCUUAGCGGUUUCGAAACCCGGGGUACAAGAUCCACAAGGCGGGUUUAAGAUACUAUAAAUGAAUAGCAUUAUCAUAAUUGAUGAUCAAAGACAAUCAUAAUUAACCGAACAUUGAAACAAUUUUUACACCCACCAAUUGAUAAUUUACCUGAAGAAUAUCCUGAUGGUGGGUUGCAAGCAUACUUAGUUUUAUUAGGUUCAUUCAUAGGAUCAAUUGUUAAUAUAGGUUUACUUGCUUCUCUUGGUGCUAUUCAAGCUUAUGUAUCACUUUAUCAAUUAUCAAAUUUCAAACAAAGUUCAGUUUCAUGGGUAUUUGCCAUUUUCAUAGCUAUUACAUAUACAUGUUCAUUAUUUACCGGUUUAUUAUUUGAUCAAUAUGGACCUAGGCUUAUAUUGAUGGGCUCAUCUUUAUUUGUAUUUAUGGGAUUAAUGGGAUUAGCAAAUAGUGUUCAAAUUUGGCAAUUCGUUUUAAGUUUUUUUGCAAUGGGAAUUGGAAAUGGUUUAGGAAUGACACCUUUGAUUGGAGUUAUAUCCCAUUGGUUUUUUGAAAAGAGAGGAUAUUGUACUGGUAUCGUAUUUUGUGGGUAUGUAAUAAUUAAUUUGAUUUAUUCAGUACUAACAAGUUAGUGGUUCUGUGGGAGGAAUAGUAUUUCCUUUGUUACUUAGAUCAUUAUAUACAAAAGUAGGCUUUGUUUGGGCUAUUAGAGUACUUGCUUUAAUUUGUUUAGUUUGUCAAAUUUUAUCAAUUUUAUUGGUCAAGGAAAGAUAUAGAUUAAAUCAAAAAAUUGAUUUACUGAAAAUAAGCUUGAAACCUGAUGAUUUUAUAAUUAAAGAUUUUAAAUUUUUUUAUCUAAUAGUUGGUGGAUUCUUUGGUGAAUUAAGUUUAAUGUUAUUGAUUACUUAUUAUGCUUCGUUUUCAAUUUCACAAGGUGCAAAUGAAUCAACAGCUUAUGUAUUAGUUACAAUUUGGAAUGCAGCUGGUAUAUUGGGUAAAAUCGCACCACCUUAUUUAUCUGAUAAAUAUGGAAGAUAUAAUAUAAAUAUUAUAAUGUUGAUUUGUUUUAGUUUGGCAAUUUUAGUUUUACUUUAUCCAUUUGCAUCAAAUGAGAAAAUAUUAUGGGCAUUUGCAGCAAUUGGUGGAUUUUGUGGUAGUUCAGUUGGUUGUUUGUUACCUAUUUGUUUAUCACAAAUUACACCUGUAAAUCAAAUUGGAACAAGAAUUGGAAUUUUAUAUUUUGUUUUAGGUUUGGCUAAUUUAUUUGGAUUACCUAUUGCAGCAAGUAUAAUUUCAAAUGGCAGUAAAUUGAAUUAUAAUAAUUUUAUGAUAUUGGUUGGAUGCUUAGCUAUUACAAGUUCAAUAUUUUGGUCCGUAUCUAGAUAUUUUGUGGUCAAUAGUUUUAGAUUGAAUGUAAAAGUGUGA